UGACUGCCCGUCCGAGAGUGACUGCAGUUGCAGAAACCGGUUCCUCCUUUACCGGACAUUUAUGGUGUGCUACUGGCCGUGACGUGUAACCGGCCACUGACGAUUUACAUAGUCACAGGGGAUCGUCCGCUUAGUGAAUGAGGGAGGUGAAAGACGAUAGUGGGCCUGUGACAAUGUCUACAGACAGAGAGCCUCCCGUCACCGCUAAACUCCUUCACCUCAUGUUUCUCUCCACCUACUGGGGAAUGCAGAUAUGGGUCACCUUCAUAUCAGGCUUUGUGAUGGACAACCAUCUAAACCGACACACAUUUGGCUUCAUUCAAAGCCGGCUUUUCCCGUUUUACCUGCAUAUCGGCUCAGCCUGCGCUUUCUUCAACCUCACCAUCUUCGCCAUGUACCAUCCCAGCAACAUGCUGGAUGACAAAGAGGCCUUCCAGAUCUUCCUUUUUUUUGUCUGUGUGACUGUGGCGGCAGUGAAUGCCCAGUGGUUUGGUCAGAUGACCUCUGAGAUCAUGGCCGACAUGCACCUGAUUGAGCAGGCCUGUGGAUUGGGUCAGGACAUCGGACUCUCGUCCAAUCGGGAAGCUUACGCCAAACUCUGCGAGACAGACCUGAAGUAUAAAAAGCUUAGCACUCGACUGUGGCUUUACCGCCUGCUGUCCUCGCUCUGUAACCUCUGCUGCAUCAUCUGCAAUGGAUACAGCCUUUAUUAUCUGGCAGAAAACCUCACUACGCUCUGAUGGCCUUUAUGUCACAUGCUGGAGUUGUGCUCCCACAAUGCAAUGCAAAACCCUCGGUUAGUGUCUGUGUGAAGACCUGCACUCAGGUACUGAAUUACCUCCAUCGGUGUCUUUUGUAUUUAUCUUUGUUGUGUUUCUUUUAGCUUGGAUAUUUGAUGUAUGGGGGUGUGCGAUAUUUAUAGUCUGUGAGCAUAUUGUUGGAUUAACAAUGUGUGAGAUGAUACUCCAUGUGUCACUUAAUAAAAAAAUAUAUUUUAGUGCCACUAUCAUUAAUAAACCCACAAGUAAACAAAAUGUGCAUUGAGAGGCUAAAAGCACUUAUGUCAUUUGAAUGUAGUUAUGAAAGAAAAGAAAAAAAAACUUUCCUUGUAUGAGUUUUUGUUUUGGUAACGCUUUAGAUCAUAGGUCUCAAACUUGAUUCCUGGAGGGCUGCAGCUCUGCACAGUUUUGCUCCAACCCUAAUCAAACACAGCUGAUUCAACUAAUCAAGGUGUUCAAGACUUACCAGAGACUAUUAGGCAGGUUUGAGUUGGAGGUGGUUUGAGCUAAACCGUGCAGAGCUGUGGCCCUCCUGGAAUUGAGUUUGAGAGCAUUGCUUUAGAACAGGGGUACCCAAACUUUUUCUUAUGAAGGGCCAAAAUCCAAACUUAAUUGAAGGUGGUGGGCCGAAGCUAAAUAUACCAAACUGUAUUACAUUAAAGUUGCCAUGGUAACUUCCUAAUUUAAUAUAAAAAAAAUAGAGAAAAAAUACUUUAAUUCACAUUUUAAUGAAACAUUUAAUUUCAGUUUUGCUUUUUUGUAGCUCAGCAAUUAAACAAACAAACAAAAGGUUAUGUGAAAUUAGAACUGAUGAUCCAUGUUUGAGAAAUUCGCUCCAACCUUCCCCAUCAUUUGUCCAUCUCGUCUCUGAUUGGUUGGUGGGCCAAAUCAAAGGUUACCAUGGGCCAACUUUGGCCCACGAGCCCUAGUUUGGGCAUCUCUGCUUUAGAACAAUGGUCCAUUAGUUAAUGUUAGUGAAUGUAUUUACUAACAUUAACUAAGUAUGAACAAUCUUGUAAAGCAUUUAUUAACACUAACAUCAACAUUAACUAUUGCAUUAUUUAAAUCCAAAGCUGAGUUGUUAACAUUAGGUAAUGCAAAGUGAGUAGUUAACUUCAACAUUAACCUCCUAUGGCUUGAGUGUCUACAUACGAGGACAGCACAUUUUAGCUCUUAAGUAGCUAUUUAAAAUACUUUGAAUGUUUUAUAUUUUGUUACAGACAUACAGUGUCAUCCUGCAUUUGUUUUGCAGCAUAUGAAAUGUCCCAAACCCUAUUUUUAUCUUUAAAGAACCCCUAUUAUACAUGAAAUAGGGUCAUAUUUUGAUUGUAAGGGUCUCCAACAACAGUCUAAUAUGCAUGCAAGGCCAUUACCUCAUUAUCCCAGCGACUCCUAUAUGAAUCCUUAAGUGAUUCAUUUGUUCCCAAACCCCUCCUCAGCGCAAAGCUAAUCUGCGCUGAUUGGACCGAUGACAGCCUGUUGCGAUUGGUCGAAACUGACAGCCUUCAGCACGAGACAGAGUGAAAUGCCCAGUUGCUAAUCAACAAUAUAAAAGUAGUCACAGUGCACACACGCUUCAUAGUGUAAGGCAUGGAUUUUGGCUGCCAGUGGGUGAAUGUAAAUACAGAUGAUGGACUAGAAAAUACAGACGACUAACUAUUUUAUUGAGCAAAAACUCCAAGAACUGGCGAGGAGAUCUCCUAGCCCGUCACAGUCUACCUGCUCUUUUCACACACACACACACACACAUUACCCUCCUCCUCAGAGGGCACAACACACACACACAUUACCCUCCUCCUCCUUAGAAGACACAACACCAGUGCCGGUGCGUCCAUAGAGGCGACCUAGGCGGCGUCCGCGACAGCUCUCUCGCAGGACCCGUGUCCUCAGAAGUUAUAUCUGCGCCUAGGGCGGCAGAAUAGAGAAGGCCACGUCCGCGACACCUCCCUCACCACCCCCCUCCUCACUUUGCUAACACCUUGGGCAUUAAGAGGUUGUCACUAAUGAAGAUGAAUAGAUAGCAUAAUCAAUUUAUUACUAAUUGUUUGUUCAUGUUAGUAAAUACAUGAACUAAUGGAGCGCUAUUUUAAAGUGUUACCUUUGUUUUUAAUAUUUUUUACAAUGUAGUUAAUAACACGUGAGUGUAAUCACAUGCAGUAUGUGACAGUUCAACAAAAAUGUGUUAAUAAUUAUUAAGUUAUAUUAUGAAUACAUAACUCUCACUCACUCUCCUUAGUCCCUAAAGCUUAGUCCCUGCUUUAUCAGGGGUCACCACAGUGAAAUUAACCGGCAAUUACUUUAGCACUUGUUUUAUGCGACAGAUGCCCUUCUAUUUGCAUAUUUUGCAAGUCAAAAAACAGUUGUGCGUCUCUGCAGUGUUUUUUAACUAUCAAUCUGUACAACAAUCAACUGAUUUAAUGAUCCAAUCAUAAUGACACGGUGCAUUCAAAACUGGAUAUAUCACCCUCAGAAGGAUACUUCAGAGUAAAAACAAUCAUGGCCGCUAAUAUAUACAGUAAGUGUUGUUUCAAACCAAAGUGGUUAAAAACGGCCACUUUUGAGGGCCCUUUGGAAUGAAGGAUUUACCAAUGUACGAAUGCUGUGUUCACACCUCGUGCUUUUCGCACGUAAAUAGACACAUAAACAUUUUGAGUUUACUCGAUUUAUUCGCGAGUCAAAUUCACUUCACAAUGGAUGCGGAUUCGCAUCAUGGGCAGGGUUUCUGUCUGCCCGCUGACUCUAGCUUUGUUGGUAAAUGGCUAACAUGAGUUUUAUUGAGAUAGUAGCUGUGCUUUUUGAAGGCUGAAAAACAGUGUAGAUUAGUUCGGGGUCUUGUCCAUUAGAUCCUGAUUUCUGAGGUGCACCCAGCUCUUUGAGUUCAUCAACUUCUCCAGAAACUAUACCUGGAUGAUGGAGGCUUUCAGUGGGGCAUCCAACUGAGCAGACAGUUAGAACUGUUUUCCGAUGUUGGCAGGAGGAUUUUGCCGUGGGACACCAACACAGGCACUACGUCAUAAUCAUGGCACACCCUACAAGAGAAAGCUCCUGAUUGGUUAACGCAGCGCGAAUGUCUGUUGAAGUACAGAUUUUCCAACAGGAGCAUUUCGUCAAACGCUGCCUCAUUUGCGCGAAUCGCGUCUUUCGCGCCACCUCAUUCGCGCAUAUCGCACGGCAGGAUGUUUAUUCGCAUCUUUGCAUUGACUUAACAUGUAAAUGACUUGCGCUUGACACUUCAUCUGCGUCUGGUGGUUUUCAUUCAGAAGGGCUAACCCCUAUGUCCUAAUCUCUUCGAAGCAGCCACUCCGCACUUUUAUAAAGAGAUAAGGGCAUACUGAGGAACCAUUUCGAAUUGAGCGUGAUGACAGUCACUUUUUGCCAUUUUGAACGAAUCGUUUGAGUGAACGAUUCAGUGGCUCACUCAUUAAGACAGGCACUUGUUGCCACCUACUGGUGGUUUUAGCAUUGUAUUUAUUUGUUCAUGACAGGUCUAAACCAGCCAAGGUACCAGCACAAAAACAGUUCACAAAAUAUAAGUUAAUAUUAAAAAGUUGAGAAUUUCUUUGUGGUUAUGUUAUCGCACACCCCUAUAAUGUAUUAUACGGAGACUAUUUUCUGUAUAUGUUAUAUAUGUAAUGAAUGUUCAAAUUUAAAUUGGAAGAUGUUACAUUUUGCAUGUACGAUGUUAUGCUUUGAAUGGUAGAGGCAUGAAAAAACUAAACGAACAAACAAACAAAAAAAUUACGCAAACCGAAAUGAACUAAAUUAGAAUGUUUAAUUAUAAAGGGAUUUUUUUCAGUGCUUUAUGCUCUACAAAUGUUUGUGGCACGUAUUUAAACAUUUGUUCAAAAUGCGCAAUCUCGCAGUUCACAUUUACUGUUUAACAGGGAUGAAUAUGCUAAUUAUGCUCUCAUUUGGCUGUUGAUAUUAAUUUCAAUCCAGCUAGCACUUGUUGCACACCACUGAAUGUUGUUGUUGUUGUGCAUAUAAUACAUGCUGCCUCACAAAUACAUACUAUGCUAACUAUUGAUUAAUACUUAGAGCUAAUAUAUUCUAAAAUAAUGUAAUAAAUUAAAGCUUGUUUUGUAUAUAACUAAGCCUGUCACAAUAAUGAAUAUAUCAACUUAUCGCACAACACUUGGACAUGACCUCAAUCUUUUUUGGUGAUGCAAUAUACAUCGCCCAUACAUAAAAAAAACAAUUCUAGCAACAUUUUAGCUGAUUGUGCAACAUUUCUAUCUCUAUUGAAGGUGUCAGUGUCAGAACGGUUACAAAAACGAGAUUGCAUACAGAAAUGGUUUAACAGACAUAGACAAAAUCUUUCAAAUAACUUUGUAAAAUUAAAAUGUAAAAUCAAUGUAAUGGAUAUGUAUAUAUUAGGGGUGUCCAGAUCCGAUCACGUGAUCCGAAAUUGGGCCCAAUCACGCGGUUUCAGACUCGAUCGGAAUCGGAUGUUACCUCCCAGUCAGGACUCAAAUAUGUACAGUAUGUAUGUAUGUGUAUGUCUGUGUG